CAACCAUGAACGGCACAGAGGGACCAGAUUUCUACGUCCCUAUGUCCAAUGCUACUGGCAUUGUUAGGAACCCUUAUGAAUACCCCCAGUACUACCUUGUCAGCCCAGCGGCGUACUCACUCAUGGCUGCCUACAUGUUCUUCCUCAUCCUCACCGGCUUCCCCAUCAACUUCCUCACACUCUACGUCACCAUCGAGCACAAAAAGCUGAGGACCGCCCUGAACUACAUCCUGCUCAACCUGGCUGUGGCCGAUCUCUUCAUGGUAAUCGGCGGCUUCACCACUACGAUGUAUACCUCCAUGCAUGGCUAUUUCGUCUUUGGAAGAACGGGCUGCAACAUCGAGGGAUUCUUUGCUACCCAUGGUGGUGAGAUUGCCCUGUGGUCCCUGGUCGUCCUGGCUGUCGAGAGGUGGUUGGUCGUCUGCAAACCUAUUAGCAACUUCCGCUUCAGUGAGACCCAUGCCAUCAUGGGCGUGGCCUUUACCUGGGUCAUGGCUGCUGCUUGCUCCGUGCCCCCUCUGCUCGGCUGGUCCCGCUAUAUCCCCGAAGGCAUGCAGUGCUCAUGUGGAAUUGACUACUACACACGCGCCCCCGAGAUCAACAACGAGUCCUUUGUCAUCUACAUGUUCAUUGUCCACUUUUUGAUUCCCCUGAUAGUCAUCAGCUUCUGCUACGGCAACCUGCUCUGCGCUGUCAAGGCAGCAGCUGCUGCCCAGCAGGAAUCUGAGACCACCCAGAGGGCUGAGAGGGAAGUGACCCGCAUGGUCAUCAUGAUGGUCAUCUCCUACCUAGUGUGCUGGGUGCCCUACGCCAGCGUGGCCUGGUAUAUCUUCUGCAACCAGGGAUCAGAGUUCGGCCCCGUCUUCAUGACAAUUCCGGCAUUCUUUGCCAAGAGUUCGGCCCUGUACAACCCUCUCAUCUACGUGUUGAUGAACAAGCAGUUCCGCAACUGCAUGAUCACCACCAUAUGCUGUGGGAAGAACCCCUUCGAGGAGGAGGAUGGAGCCUCCACCACUGCCUCCAAGACCGAGGCCUCUUCCGUGUCCUCCAGCUCCGUGGCUCCUGCAUAAACGGGCCCCCGACGUGGGCCCUGCGAUCCAGCGUCCACGAAGAAGACUUCUGCUCCCGGAAACGACAAAGGCUCACGUCUACAGAAAUAACUCUUGUAUUUUUACAAACCAGUUGGUUCAACCUAAAGACAGUUGCAGAUGGGCAGCCCACAACAAAGUUGUUUAUGUAUAUGUAAAGAGAGUCUAACGUAACAAUGUGCAGGGAUGGAAUUGGAAAAUAAUCACUCUGGGAAUUAACCAAUGUAAAAUGUUCAGAUUCUGUAUUUUUACAUGUCCAAAUCACUUUGGGAACUCUGUUCCCACUCAUUCCCUCCCAAUUCCACCCCUGUCGAUGUGCAAGAUGUUUUGUCUUUCUCGAGACAGGAAAGGAAAAUAUCUUAAAUCUUUUACAGUUGGAUUCUAUAUGUUACUGGCUUAUUUGUGAAUGUAGAGACAUGUAAUCAAGGCAACGUAAUAAAUCGCACUUUGCA